AUGAAUUGGCAAAAUCGUGAACGUGUACUACAUGAACGUGUGUUCGACACUAUUUCACGUCCACUUUCAAGAGCUGCCGGCACCGAUGACAUGUUCUCUGGACGAAAAGUGAAAUGGAAUCAUUUCGGGAAGAAAUAUGUGUUACGUAUCAGCGACUAUGAACUCGACUACGCUGAUCUGUACGAUGCUUUCAUGAAAAAAGUUCACGAAGUGAGGCCUGAUUUUGAGGGUGCGAUCGCAUAUAUUGAUCAACACGGUAGACAGGUAAUUGUCAACAGUGACAAGGAUCUCCGGGAUGCUUUAAGCCAAUCCAAGGGAAAACUAAAACUUCAUACGACGUUAGCCGACGGCCAAGUGAUGUCAGCGGCGGAAAUCGCAGGACGACAAACACGUUCACAUAGCGUGCCACCGGCGGUGGAUCGAGGCUAUCACUCAUAUCCACCGGCGAACUCUCGUUCUCCUUCAUCAAUGGACUCUGCUCCACCGACAUACCGUAACCGAACCGUUUCACCUCCACCCGCUCCGGUGACCACCUAUCAAAAACCACCACCGCUUAGUCCCGGCUCUUAUGCCGGAUACCAGAUCCCACCACCACCUGGUUACGGUUAUAAAUAUACUACCUAUGGACCUACCUACUCACAGAACCUCCUCUACGGUAUGCCUCCACAUAGUGGAAUGUUGUUGAGAUUCCUGGCCAGUCCAUUCCCAUUCGGUUAUCAUCGGAAUUUCGUCGGCCCCAACAAAUAUCAUCAAUUUGGCUCAUGGGGUGGAUACAAAUACUAUUCGCCAGGAUGGGGACCAGUUUGGUGA